UACUUUCUGCAAAAGAGAACACCGGGAAACCAAACUCUUACGCAUUCCUGAAGUCAUGGUUGGGUCCGAAAAAUCUGCUGACAAGCAAAGGGGAUCCGUGGAAAGCAAAAGCAAAGCUCUUCAAGAAUGCUUUCAACAACGAUCAUCUGGAAAGCUGUAUGGCUGUGUUCAACGAGAGCGGUGACAUUCUAGAGAAACGCGUCGAAACCAUGGCAGCAGAGUCGCCGGAUGAACCAAUAGUCUGCUACAAAAACAUUCAGAACUGCGUUCUCGACAUCAUAGGCCGGGCUUUAUUUGGAAUUCACUUAGGCUUGCAGAAUGGAAAUAGAAAAGAAUACGCCCGCUGGUUCAACUAUCUGACGUACCUGUUGACGGUGCGAUACUUCCGGCCCUGGCUUUGGAUACAGGUCCUCUACGACGCAACGGCUGAAGGAAAGUUUUGGAAGCGUACCGUCGACAAUAUCGGCAAUUUGCAUCGUUCUGUGAUAGAGAAAAGGAAGUUCGCGAUAAUGAAAAAGCUUGCAGACGAAAGCUACAACGACGAACUUGACGACGAAUUGUCUUUCCCGGCAGCCGUGGAUACCGCAAUAAAGAAGCACAUAUCGGCGCCAUCAUCGUACUGCAUGGACGAAUUGGAAAAAGACACGACCUCGGUCACAUUUGCCGCUGCCGAUUCUACGUCGGCGGCGAUGAGCUGGACGCUGUACCUCCUCGGCUUGAAUCCCGACAAGCAGGCCAAGCUGCAGAAGGAGCUGGACGACGCCUUCGGACGAGAUGGUCAGCACGAGAUCACCGCGAGCGACCUCAAGCAGCUUCCUUAUCUCGAGUGCUGCAUCAAGGAGUCGCUUCGUCUCUGUCCACCGUUUCCGUUGAUAGGCCGGGAACUGGAUGAGGAACUGGUCAUUGAUGGUUACACCGUGCCGGCCGGGACGACGUGCAUGAUCAACAUUCACAGCCUGCACAGGAACAAGGAGCAAUUCCCCGAACCGGAGAGCUACAUUCCUGAGCGCUUUCUGCCGGAGAACUGCAAGAACAUGCACCCGUUUAGCUUCAUUCCUUUCUCCAGUGGCGUCAGAGUUUGCCUGGGCCAGAAAUUCGUGAUGGUGGAAGCAAAGGUCCUGUUGGCGAAGCUUCUCUCUAAAUUCACGGUGGAGGCGGCACUGCCGAUCGAAGACGUGGUGCCAGCCUACGAGGUCGUCCUCAAAGCGAAUGGAGGACUCCGCGUCUGGUUCCGAAAACGCAGCGACUCAUCGUGAUCACUGGUGACGUCACAGUUUCGCAC